AUGGCACUAAUUGGUAAGAUAGGCGAGUAUAAGGAAGGGGAAGAACAGUUUGGGAACUACCUUGAGAGGCUCGAACAGUUUUUCGCGGCUAAUGCGAUAGCAGACGAGCGAGCUGUGAGCGUGUUUCUUACGGUCAUUGGACCGAAGCCGUACGCCUUAUUAAAGAAUAUAGUAUCACCAGACAAACCUAGUGAUAGAACAUUGGCUGAGCUAAAGCAGUUAUUGACUAAACACUACACACCCGAACCGCUUGUUAUUGCGGAAAGGUUCAAAUUUCAUCGUAGAAACCAGAAGGAAGGUGAAACGGUGGCCCAGUAUGUAGUAGAGUUGAAACGGCUUGCACGGACAUGCAAGUUUCAGGCAUUCUUAAACGAGGCCUUACGAGAUCGUUUAGUGUGUGGACUGGGAAAUUCCAUGUGCCAAAAGAAGUUGUUGACGGUGAAAGAUCUCACUUUAGAUAAAGCGGUUGAAAUUGCAACAGCCAUGGAGUUGGCUAAUACCCAAGCCAAGGAAUUUAAUUCAAUUGAGAAUAAGCCUAUCACCGUAAACAAAAUUAAAUCUAAGCCAACCUACAGUAAGGAUAAGCCUAGGCCUAGUGCGGGAAAACAAAAGGGUGGAUCAGGCAGUCAAGGUUUAUCCAAGGCGCAUAAACCAACAUGUUACCGAUGUACCGAGGAACAUUAUGCUAAUAAUUGCCCACACAAGUCUACAACCUGCAGUUUCUGCAAAAAGGUAGGACACCUAGCCAGGGCAUGUCGAAAAAAGAAGCAACAGGCAAAGGAAGUCAAACAAGUAUAUACCAAUACAAGUGAUAGUGUUGAGGAUGAAUAUGAUUUACAUUCAGUUAAGAACACAUCCAAAUCUGGUAUAAUCUUGGAUUUUUUGAUCGACGGUAAUCCAAUUAAAAUGGAGUUGGACACUGGAGCAGCAGUUACAAUUUUAUCAGAGUCGGUCUACAUGAAAUAUUUAAAGGCAUGGCCACUUGCAGAUUCUUCAGUGAAGCUACGUACCUAUGCUGGUGAAUCAAUCAAGGUGCUAGGUCAGCUUACGGUUCCAGUGAAAUAUGAAAACCAACAAUACACCCUGCCUUUGUAUGUGGUUCCAGGUAACAAACCAUCUCUUAUGGGGAGACAGUGGUUAGAGAAAAUCCAGUUAGAUUGGAAGAAUAUUUUCAAGGUACACGAUGAUACCUGUACUAACGCCAACGUAAAAUCCGUGACCAGUGAAACGCUUACUAAAAGAUAUCCAGCUGUUUUUGCUAAGAAAGGUGACCCUAUCAAGGAAUUCACCUCUGCUGUGAAAAUACCUGAAGGAACAAAGCCCAUGUUUACAAAGGCACGGCCGGUGCCAUAUGCAUUAAAAGACAAGGUUGAACUUGAACUGAAACGAUUAUUAGAAAAUGGGAUAAUAUCUAAGAUAGAUCGUAGUGAUUGGGCUUCCCCCAUAGUAGUUGUACCGAAGGGUAAUGGUAAAGUACGGUUGUGUGGGGAUUAUAAGGUUACGGUAAAUAAAGUGUUAGUUGAUUCACAUCAUUCCUUACCUACAGCAGAAGAUCUUUUUGCUACCCUUGAGGGCGGGAAGAUUUUUACCACCCUUGAUCUUACCAACGCUUAUUUACAAUUAAGCUUGGAUAGUGAAUCAAGGAAGUAUCUCACAAUAAAUACGCACCUGAGUCUAUUCCAAUUAAAUCGCCUUCCAUUUGGAAUAUCAUCUGCACCAGGAAUAUUCCAGUGUGUGGUGGACCAACAGGGAAUUCCUGGAGUAGUAUGUUACCUUGAUGACAUUUUAAUAUCUGCACCAUCUGAGUCGGAACAUUGGGUUAGAUUAAACCAAGUAUUUCAACGGUUAGAGAAAUAUGGUGUGAGAGUUAAAAAAACAGAAGUGUGA